UUGCAUUAAAAUCAAAACCCUCACUCUCUCUGUCCAAUUUCCUCUCCCACUUCUAACCAUUCCGUAUGUGCACACUUGCGGAUUAGGGUUCGUUGGCAUUAACCUAAACUUUUCUUUCUCUUUUUCUACUCUUUCUCGCUAACCAAACACUUGAUUAGUUGCUUCAUUACUUGUGUUAGCAAUUGGGGGAAGCAACGUCGAAGUGGAUUUACCCAGCACUGCACGGGUUCGUCGCUGAAGAAAAAGGUGUUUCGAUAAAUAGGGUUUGGAGCAGUUGAAGUAUGUGAAGGAAGCUUCAUUUGGACCCGGUUUGCCAGUUAACACAGUCUUCAUUGUGGGAAAAUUGAUAGCUGAGGAAAAGGACUUGCGAGGAAGUUAUAACCGACAACGUUCUGUACUCUUUCUAGCAUGUUCUAAAGGCACCAUCUUCUGGCAAUGUGCAUGGGCUUCGAGUUACAGUGGGUGAACAGGUUUCUGAUGGCAUUGUUCUUUUCAAUGUAAAGAAUUUGCUAUUGCAUUCCAAGGUUGAAGCAGUAUCAGAGACAAAAAACAUUGUAUCUGAAUGGCAGCUUCAGCAAAAACUCUAACAAUUGACAAUUGCACUACAAAUGGAGGCUGGACAGUUGUUUUACCCCGUCGUGGCAGACAAAGAAGAAAAGCUACCAAAGUUGGAAUUUUGGAAGAAAAACUAGAAUCAUGGGCUCCAACAGAUUCCCAGACAGAUCCAAAUAGAGAAACAACAUUGGUGCAGAAAAUAGAAAGAUUUAUAAAUAGGAUUGGGAGCUCUCAAUUCUAUCAUACUUUCAGAGAUCAAAUUCAAACAUCAGUUUGUGAUUACUUCCAAAGGGUUUUGGGCUCAGAGAUGAAGAUGCAAAUGGUCAUUUAUGGCAUUGGGAGCGUUGAAUUGUAUGAGCCCCCUCGAUUGCAACUUAGCCUUGCAAUAUUGAUGAGAAGAGAUUUCAGUUGGGUUGGAAACAUAGAAGUAUUUGAUCCUAUUCUUUCUGUAACCGAGUCUCGGGUUUUGGAAGCUCUUGGUUGCUCUGUCAUGUCCAUAAAUGAGCAUGGGAGGCGAGAGGCUCUAAAGCCAACAUUGUUCUUCAUGCCUCACUGUGAAGCAGAAUUAUAUAACAACCUGUUGCAGGCAAAUUGGAAACUGAAUCUCUUAAGAAACAUGGUAUUAUUUGGGAAUAGCUUUGAAACAUACGAGCAGCAUGUGUCAGUAUGUAAGAACUCACCUAUUGUCAACUCAGUGGGGCAUAUUUUGGCUGUUCGAAGAUUCACAAAUGAAUUUAGAAUCGAAACAGUUUCAGAUGAUUAUUAUAAUGCAUUUCACGAUUCAAGUUGGCAUUUUUUCAGCCCUGUCCAUGAGAUAGAGCUGCAAUUUAUCAAUUCUUGAUGGAGCAUAUUAGAUGAGCAUAGAUUCAUUUGAAGGGAUGUAUUCCGGUAUCAAUGUUUGGUUGUACACCACUUUGGCUUGUUAUUGAUCAAGAAAAUGCUGGAACUGUUACCCUCUAUUCAUUUGAAGGGAUGUAUUCCGGUAUCAAUAUUUGGUUGUACACCACUUUGGCUUGUUAUUGAUCAAGAAAAUGCUGGAACUGUUACCCUCUCAUGUCUUUUUCUUUUUUCUUAAUAUCAUGAAGAAUUGUUUCUGUCUUGAGAUUUGGCUGUUGCCUAACAACAGUAUAAGAAGAGUUGGUGUCAUUUGUUUUGGAGAC